AUGAAAGUCCUUGUGGUGUUUCUGGUGUUGGCCAUCUUUGGGACACAAUCUCAUGGAUAUGAGGUUUAUAACAUCAUCGGCCCAAGCAAAAAUGGUGGCAAUCUUCAGGAGACAGUGACAAUCGACAAUCAAAAAAAUAUUGCCAUCAUUAACAUCCAUUCAGGUUCAUGCUCCUCUACCACGAUUUUUGACUAUAAACAUGGCUACAUCGCAUCCCGGCUGCUCUCCCGAAGAGCUUGCUACAUCCUGAAGAUGGACCAUAAGGCGAUCCCUGCUCUGGACAAACUAGAACGAUACAUCUACGAGAAACAGGCUAUGAAGAACAUGUACUCUGACAAAUACUUCUGGGUCAAAUACAGCCCCCUGCAGUCCUUGAUCAUGGACAUAGACUGGUUCCUGGUUGGUUCCCCGAUCAGGCAUCUCUGCAGUCACAUCCCCCUGUACAAGGGGGAAGUGGUUGAGAAGAUAGAAAACGUCAGUAUUCGCUUCUGCUCAAAGACUGGACUCCUGGGCGUCUUAGGAUUCUCCAUCUGCGCAAGCGAGGGCGUUUAAAGCCC